AUGAGUCUGAAAGGCUUGGGCAAGAGUUUUGCGCGAGCACCGCAAACAUUCAAAGCACGCUUCAAUAUUGGAGAAAACACUAAGGAUCCCGUCUACAUUGAUGCCGAGCGAAGAUUCCAAGAAUUGGAAAAGGAAACCAAGAAACUGCACGAUGACUCCAAGAAAUACUUUGACGCUAUCAAUGGAAUGUUGAACCAUCAGAUCGAAUUUUCCAAAGCAAUGACCGAAUUAUACAAACCCAUCUCGGGCCGGGCCUCGGAUCCGAGUACGUACACCAUUGAAGGCAACCCCGCAGGAAUUCAGGCGUGCGAAGAAUACGAGGCAAUUGUGCGAGACUUGCAAGAAACACUGGCGCCUGAGCUUGAGAUGAUCGAUACGAGAAUUAUUAGCCCGGCUAAUGAGCUUCUCGACAUUAUCAAAAUUGUCCGAAAAGUGACUGUCAAGCGUGAACACAAGAAACUGGACUACGACAGGCACCGGGCAGCACUCAAGAAGCUUGAAGAGAAAAAAGACAAGUCAUUAAAGGACGAAAAAGCGCUGUACAAGGCAGAAAGCGAUGUGGAUCAAGCAACGCAAGAAUACAAUCAUUACAACGACCUGUUGAAGGAGGAAUUGCCGAAGCUUUUUCAGUUAGAAGCUGAGUUUAUUAGACCGCUAUUCCAGUCUUUCUACUACAUGCAACUGAACGUGUUCUAUACGCUGCAUGAGAAAAUGCAGGGCGUCAAUAUUGGCUACUUCGACCUAACGCGCGAUAUUGAGGAGGCGUACGAGGCCAAGAAAGGAGACGCAAAGGAGAGAGCCGAAGAACUCACCAUUGUGCAUUACAAAACUGCUGGCGGUCGUAAAACUUCCAGAUUAGCUUCUGCCAAGGAGAAGCUCUCUUCCGAGAACAGAUUUAGUUCUUCAUCACUUCGCAGAUCCUCAGACGCUACAGAAAAGCCUCCUCCACCAUAUUCACCUAGCGGCGCCGCAGGCACGACUCUAAUCGGCCGUGCGAACAGCACUGUUAGUAGCAGUCUAGCUGCAGCAGCAAAAGGCAAGCCAGCUCCGCCACCACCGAAACCGAAACCAGGCUUCUUGUCCAAGCCGAAUGUUGAGACUGUGACUGCGUUGUAUGACUACGAGGCUCAAGCACAUGGUGAUCUCAGCUUUUCAGCCGGUGAUGUUAUUGAGAUCAUUCAACGUACGAGCAAUGAAAAUGAAUGGUGGACAGGAAAGGCACAUGGGAAAGAAGGACAAUUCCCAGGAAACUAUGUCAAGCUCAAUUAA